GGCGCCCUAUGAGGGCGGGGAAGCAAGGUACUGGGGAAACUUAGCUAUUAGUGUAGCAGGGUCAUGAAGAAGAGGCGGCGGCGGGAGGAAGGUGGAGGCGGCGGGGGUGAGGAACUGCGGUAGCUGCCCGCUGGCCUGGUGGCGUGGCUGUGCGGAAAGGGCGUAGUUCUUAAUCCCUUCUCCGGGGAGCGGCCGGGGCUCGGGGCUGAGAGCGGCCUUGGGGCCGCCUCCCCGGGCCCCCUGGCUCCGCCAUGUUCCGCAGGGCACGCCUUAGCGUGAAGCCGAAUGUCAGGCCUGGUGUAGGCGCCAGGGGUUCCACCACUCCCAACCCCCAACGUGGACAAGAGGCGCCCAGGCCCCAGGAUCCUGCAGCGGCCUCUUCCCCGAAGCCAGCGGAGUCUACAGAUGUGCCCCCGGUGGAUUGCGGGGGAUCAGAGCCCCAAGAAAAGGCUUCCAGGAGCAGUGAUGAAAAGACUGACAGUGAGAAUUAUGUUGAAGAAGCCAGUAAAUCUUCCUCUACUGUUUCACAGAGAAGAAAGAAAGUAUCAAGUACUCCUACUCUGGUUAAGCCUGGUGUCAGUGUUCCUUCCGAAUCUCAUCCCUUAUCUACAGUUAAUCAAGAAGUUCCGCAGCCAAACCCGCUUCCUACAAAAGAGAAACAGCCAUGUUCAGACAGAUACCGAUUGUAUAAAGCCCAGAAACUAAGAGAAAUGUUAAAAGAAGAAUUGAAAAAAGAGAAGAAGCAAUGGAAAAACAAAUAUGCCAUAAAUGAAAGUCAGAAGCCACCAGAUCGUUCAAAAAUGACUAUGAGAGAUUUCAUAUAUUACCUGCCAGAUAACAAUCCGAUGACUUCUUCACUGGAGCAAGAAAAGAAAACUGAAAAAUCAUUGACACCAGUCCAGACAAGAGAGCAAGAAGGUAAGAGUACUCCUGAUACAGCAGAUAAUGAAGAACUAGAAGAAGAGGUGGAUGAUGGGCCAUUGCUGGUUCCUCGAGUAAAAGUGGCAGAAGAUGGUUCCAUUAUUUUGGAUGAAGAAAGUUUAACUGUAGAAGUUUUAAGGACAAAAGGCCCCUGUGUGGUUGAGGAAAAUGACCCCAUAUUUGAGCGUGGUUCUACAACUACAUAUUCCAGCUUCAGGAAAAACUAUUAUUCUAAACCAUGGUCAAAUAAAGAAACAGAUAUGUUUUUUUUAGCCAUCAGCAUGGUAGGAACUGACUUUUCUAUGAUCGGACAGCUUUUUCCUCACAGAGCAAGGAUAGAAAUUAAGAAUAAAUUUAAACGUGAAGAGAAAACAAAUGGAUGGAGAAUAGACAAAGCCUUUCAGGAAAAGCGCCCUUUUGACUUCGAUUUUUUUGCUCAUUUGCUUCAGAAAGUUCUUGCUGAAGAAGAGAAAAGAAAACAAAAAUCUGUUAAAAGUCAGAGUUUAAAGGAGAAGAAAUCCUCUAAACCACGGAAAAACGUAAAAGUGAAAAAAGUUGCCAGUGAAGGAGGAAACGAUGAUCCAGAUGUGUCUCCAAGCACCAAAAUUUCAGACACAGAACCAUCUCAAAAGGAUGCUCAGAUAGUUGAGGAAGAACAACAGUCUCAGACUUUAACAGGACAGGAUUCAGAACAGAUUGCACUAGAACCAGAACUAAAUCAAAAGAAAAAAAGAAGAAAGAAUCAGGAUGAAGUUGGUAAACAGGAAAUAGAAAAUCUUUCAGGAAAUGGCACUGUUCAGUUAGGUCAUUCUAAAGGAGAAGAAUACAAAAAUGGAGGUCAGUCUUUAAGGCCUGAGAUAAAUGAAGAUGAAGUCAAUAAGGAACAGCUUUCUUGCAUCCAAAACAUGGAUGACCUUGUGGAUUUAUCUUCCAGUGAAAAAGCUGAGAAAAGAACUGACCCUAUCCUUUUAUCAAGUGGUCAACAAGAUGCCACGUCAUUAGCAACUGAAGCUUCAGAAUCAAGCCCUUCAGAUUUGCCUUUAUCAGAAGCUGGAAUUAGCGCACUGUGUGAGGGGAAUAAUGUUGAAAGUAGUUGUACAGAAGAAAGCAGUGUUGACCUAAAAAAUAAAUCAUUGGAAACUGAUCAGUCAGGAAAUGUUAAACUGAUUGGAAGAAGACAACUACAUAGACCUAAACCCAAUUUAUCAAGGGCAGUUGGGAAGAAAUCUGUUCUUUCACAAGGUAAAACAGAUGCAGAGAGCAAGAGUUUACAUGCAGAAACUUCAGUUGAAAAGAAUCAUAUGAUGGAAAAGGAUAAAGUGAAUACAUUGGACGUUUCUGGAAUGGAGAAUACAGAGAGAGAGAACCCAGAAGCUGAGACUGUAUCUAAUUCUAGUUUGAGUCAAAAAAUUGGUCUGCAGGAAGAUGAUCAAACAAAAGCUCUCGGACCAGCACGACUAAGGAGGGGCCGACUGCAAAGGCCAAAGCCAAAUGUAGGUAAAGCUGCUGAAAGAAAAGAAAUUCUUGCAUCACAGGAAAAAAUUGAGGCCAACGUAAAAAAGAAUGAAAGUGAAUCCUGUAUUGCUAGAGAUAGUCCUGAACAAGUAGAAGAUCAGUCAUGUAAAAAUGCUGGCUUUGAAGACAUCACAUUACAGUCUGAGAAGGAAGAUAAUUCCUUUCAAAUGAAUGUUAAUGAAUGUGUAAGUAUUCAAGAGGAUAAUAAAGUCCCAGUUCUAAAGACUCGAUUUCAGAAACCAAAGCCAAAUAUAGGAAGAGGAGCUAGAAGAAGAGAAAUUUUCUCAAAGGAAGAGGUGUCACAGGAGAUUGUUGCAUCUGGGCAAUUCAUAGCACCUUUGAGAGAAAUUACGAGAGUUGAAGAAACCUUACCAAGCAAGAGGAUAUCAAUGGAGGCUAAUACUAGUAAGGAAAUGGAGUCAUAUUUAAAAGAAACUGAAGGAGACAACCCUCCCAGAGAGAAGAUACCAGAAAUGAUGGACAACACUGUGGAAAUGGAGACAGAUUUGAAAGAAACUGGAAGAGAGGUUUCCCCAGGGGACACUGUAUCAGAGGUGUCUGAUAUCACUGAGGAAACAGUGAUAAAUUUGGAAGACACUGGAAGAGAGGUUUCCCCAAGGGACACUGUAUCAGAGGUGUCUGAUGUCACUGAGGAAAGAGUGACAGAUUGGGAAGAAACUGGAAGAAGAGAAAUAUCCCUACAGGAAAAUGCCCUGGAGCUCAGCACUAUAGAUGAAAUAGAAACAGGUUUAGAAGAAACUGGAAGCAAGGUUUCUGUAAGGGAAAAUGUACCAGAGAUGGUUGAUACCACCGAGGAGAAAGAGACACAUUUAGAAGAAACUGAAAGAAAAGAAAUAGACACAGAUGGGAAGGCCCCACAGGUCAAGACUCAAAAUGAAAUGGGGACAGAUUGGAAAGAGAUUGAAAAAGGAACUUCCCUGAGGGAAAAGGUACUAGUGGGGAUCAGUGCCAUAGGGGAAAGGGAGAUCGAUUCGAAACAGACUGGAGAAAGAGACCUUUCCCUGAUAGAAAAGGUGUCAGGAAAGACCACUGCUAUUGAAGAAACAGAGGUGGAAUCAAAAGAAGAUGGAGGAGACAUUUCCUUGAAGAAAUGCAUAUCAGAAGAGAUGAGUGCUCCUGAAGAAAUGGCUGCAGAUUUGGAAAAAACUGGAAAAAUAGACAUUCCUCUAAGGAAGAAUGGAGCAGAGGAGACUAGGACCUCAAGACAAACUGACACAGAUUUCAUGCAGAGCAGUACUAGUUGCUCCAGCACUGUGCCUUCACUAAAUAUCAAAAACGUUAGCAGUGAAGUACCAUCCAUGGUGCAUAGACCUGAAGAAGAAAAAAGAAAUUCUGAAAAGGAACUGUCAGAUCACUUGAAUUGUUUGAAGACUUCUUUGCAGACUUCUGAACCUGAUAAAAGAGAAGACCAGGGGAUGCUAUCUCCAGAUGUUCCAGAGCAGUUUUCAGAUACUAAUUUAAGCAAAUCUCUUCCUCAAGAGCAGAAGCCACUUGAAGUUAAACCAGCACCUUUUGUGAGAAGUCGAUUCAAAAGACCAAAACCAAACUUAGCAAGAGCAACCUUAAAGAGAGAGACUACAGAAGCAGAAAAAUAUGUAUCUGGGAAGAAAUUGGAAACUGGUAAAACUGAGGCUGUUGUGGUCCAGCAUAGCAGUGAACAGAUGAACACUCUCCCUUCUCAACAUGAUAUGGCUUCCGUAAUGACAUCAAGAGAAAAAGAUAAAUCAGGUCAGAGGGAGGAGGAGACUGUAAUAUUACCAUGUAUACAGACUGAAAAGGACCUUUCACCUUUGAGUUCUUGUGAUCCUGAAGAGAAGUCUCAGCCUACACAGGCCCAGGAAAAGGAAUUAAUUGUUUCUACAGGGGCUCAUAAUACAAACACUUUCCAGCAGGAAGUGAAGGAAAGCGUUAUCCCAACUGCUCGAACAGUAAGGAGCCGAUUUCAGAGACCCAGACCAAACAUAAGAAAGACUGGACAGAGGCAAAUAGAAAAAGGUGAAGCUGAAAGCGUAAUUAAGGAAGAAAGAACAAUAGUACAAAAAGAUGAAACUAAGAAGUUCUUGACAGCGCCAAAUUCUCCAGUUGGAACUGAAAUUGAAGUUGUAUCCUCCGAAGUUUCAGAAGGUAGAAUGAAUGAAAACCAGAGUCAUGUGGUUCUUGUAGAACCUCUUCAUCUUAACAGAAUAAAUGUUUUAGAUGAAAAGAUGAGACAUGAACCUAAAAGGUCUAUUCCUAGUCCAGCACAUCUGGUAAGAAGGCAAUUCCAAAAGGCUAAGCCAAAUUUGAGAAGAGUACAUGGUAAGAAAGAGGAACCAGGCACAGAAAAAGACAGAGCAGAUCAGAGUGAGGCAAGGAAGCCAGAAGAUAAUUUGCUGCAGCCAGGAGAUUCUAACACCAAUCUCCUUCAAAAAGAAAAGGCUGAGUUUUUGACAUCUUUGGAGGUUUCAGCAAGAAAAGAUUGUGUAGAUUCCACAGAGUCCAGUUUGGGCAAAAACGGUGCUCGUUCAGAAGCUGGACCAUCAGGAAGUGUUGAAGAAAAAACUGUAGGGGAUAAUUCUGUGUCUUCAGUUGCUGAAGAGCAGUGUCUCAGUAAACUAUCAAGCUCUCCACAGCUGUUAAAAGAAUCAAAUCACUCUAAAAUUGGUCUGGAUCGAAAAGCAAUGGCCUCUCCUGCUUCUGAGCGUGAGGUAGAUCAUAUUGGAAGGAGAACGCAUCGCAAGAUGAAACCAAGUGUCACCAGAGGACGUGGAUCAAAACGAGUUCGAAGUAAGACCUCUAAGAAGGAACCUCGAGCUUCCAAGGCCACGCUGGUGACUCUUCGGGCUUCGCAGGAAGAAGAUGAAGAUGAUGAUGAAGAUUUUGAGCCUGAUUAUGAAGAUGAAAGUUACCAUCUUGCUCCAGAAGAAGUAAACAAAGCUCCAGUUUUUGUUCCCAUUGGCCUCAGGUCUCCCGAACCUGUUUCUGCUCAGAUCGAGGAAACGAUGGAAGAGCUUGAAAUAACUGUGAAUGUACCAGAUAUAGGCAUAGCUGUUGUUGAACAUCCGCUCUCAAACACAGAUGUGACUGCUCAGGCAACAAAACAAGAAGAAAAUCUGAAGGCAUUACCUGUUGAAAUGAACACAGGUGAACAUACCCAAGAUGAAACAGGUACCAAUGAUGGAAGCACUGAAGCUGCUAUAACUUUACUUACAAUGGGAGAUCUAGUGUUGCAGUCAGAGAUCGGUGCAGAACAGAGUGAUGGAGUAUGUGUACUUCUUGAUGUUCAUUCAAAGGAUAAAAGCUGUGUUCCUUUUAGCCCAGAUAAUAUAAAUCACAAAAUUGUUGGUGAAUGUCAGGAGCUUUCUUCACCUGUCAAUAGUACAUCUCCUUCAUCACUAGAAGAAAACAAGAUUGUAUUGGAAGAGCAGAGCGCAAAAGAAGAAAUUGGUUUAGUGGAGAAAGUAAAGGAAAACGCUCUAUCAACCAGGAAUACAACUUCUGAAGUGACCAGUAAUUUGAGAAUGAGAAGUAGAUUUGCCAAGCCUAAACCAAAUCUUAAGACUUCAGGGACCAAUAGGUUUGGUGUUCAUCAGGAAGUUCCCAAUUUGUUUGUAAACAAAGGAGAAGUAGUAGAAAAUCAAAGAGAAACUGAGAAAAACGCUUCUGAAGUGACAGAAUUACAAGAUGAAAACCUUGGAUCACUUACAACAGCAGAGAAUAAGGAGCAGAGCAAAUUGGCUUGUGAACAUGGUACUGAAGAGACUGCUGUUUCUCAAGAAGCAAAUCCAACUGAAAGAAAUGAUGAUCAAGAAGGAGAAUCUCAAAAGGUUCAGAUAUUGUCAGUUGCUCCAGUUGUUUCCUUUGAGACAAGGCCCCAUACACUUGGUUCAGAUACGGUUCUCACUGAGAGUUCUAUCAAAGAGCCCCAGACAGAAGACUCUAAUGGAGACGGUGUGCUUACACUUCAUGUGUCAGAGGGUAUACCAACUAGUAUGCCGGAAGUCCAACAAGAGAAUGUUGGACCUGUUAAUCAAGACUUAACAGUGAAUCUAGUUGCUAAUGAACAUCAAGAUGGUGAGGAUGAACAAGCGUUCAUUUUAACUCUGGUGGAAAUCCCAACCGAUGCUGUAGAAGAAUUUGGUGACGCCACUGCACAGUUAAUGCCAAACCCUUUACUGCCAGCACCCAUAUUGAUCAAAUCCGUGAAUACAGCAGAAAGGAGUGACAUGAGUAUGAGUUUUCCAGUAACUUCAGUUGGUCAGGAUACCAUGUGUUUAUCUGAUUCUGGAAAAGGUGAUUCUGAAAAGCCUCCUCCUGCUAAUUUGGAUCUUACAUCUAGGAAGAGAAUUUACUGUACGCUUGAUGAAAGUGACCAUGUUCCUCCUGCCAAAAAGAGUUUGCUCACUUCAAGAGAUGAUUGUCAAAAUUAUAUGUCUGAGGUGUGUUCAAAGGAAAUGAUAAAUGUUUCUGAGGAAACAGGGGACUCUUACAAGGAACAAGAUACCUUCCCUACCUCAGGAAGCACACAUACAACUCCAGAACCUCAGAAAGAGCAACUUGAACCAACUUCUGAGAGUAUAGGAUCUGGAUCUCUUGAUAAAAUAACAGAUACACAUGUAGAAAAAAGUACAUCUCAGUUACCUCAGGACGAGAAGAUCGUGUCUGAUAAGGAGGAAAGAACUUGUGCUGCUUCGAAGUCUGAACGAAUGGAUAGCAUCGCUUCAUCUUCAAAAACCCCAUUAUCCAGACCUGGCAGAAGACCUCUGGGAUUUUUGUCUUUAAUAUGUUCAAAGAGUAGUUUGGAGUCUGAUGAACCUACUCAGGUUUAUAAUAAGAAACGUCUGAAACCUCUUAUACCUAUACCAAGAAGGAAUUUGAAAAGAUCAAAUGCACUCAAUGAAAGCCAGAAAAAAAUCCAAGAGUCCUCUGAUCAGCUUCCAUCUCCAAGUGUUGUUGAUACUCAGUCUGAGAGUAUUGGCAGUUCAGCAACUCAGGUUUCUUGUGAUCGUCCCUUACCAAAAGAAGAAUGUAAAAGUGGCCAAAACCGGGUACCUGAAGAGGAGCCAACCACAGUCUCUGAAUAUUUCUUUAGUGAUAUCUUUAUCGAGGUAGAUGAAACAGAAUAAAAGUCUUUUUUUUAAAUUUUUAUUUUUAGAUCUAGGAUUUCCAGAGUCACGUAUCAACUAAGCAGUAUUUAGAAAAAAGCAUCACUGACUAGUUUUGGAUUGAUUUUGAAUAUUUAAUGAGCUUGAUUUGAAGCUUUUAUAAUCAGUGGGAAACAUUGCUGAGGUUCCUUUCAUUCUGAUUGAUUCAGCAUUUUGGAAAUACAAAGCAAUUAAGACUGCUUCUGAGACAGAAAGAGCUUCUCUUGUUUACAUUUUGACUCUGCCUGUGCUGAACACACAUGGACAUUUUGGUAUGUUGCGGAUAAACGUCUGUAUAAAUCACAGUGCCGGUGCAUUGGAGGUGGAUUGUAGUUAGCGUUUAGCGAACUUCUUUUGUAAAGGUUUUUUUCUGGGUUUUCUUGUUCUUUGUUUGUUUUGCUGAAGGCCUUUACAGUUGCCUCUAAGUAUAUGAGAGCAUAUUGUGAAACUCCACUUUAGUAUGGUAAAUGUUAAAAACUUUUCUAUUAUCAGCUAUUUGACUGGAAAAUAUGUAUUUUUCUAAUUCAUGUUGAUGUAACAUUAGUCCUAAUUGAACAACUAGUAUUUAAACUUAUUUAUAAAGAUGAAACAUCAAGAAGUUUAUUUAUUUUUAAAUUUUUUAUUUAAAAGAAUAUUCAGUUUUAAUUAUUUUCACCACUCAGAUUAUGGGUAAAGAAGACAUUGACAAAUUUAUGUUUGUCCCUUUUCCCUCUUUAAUUUUAAAGAUAUUUAAAGUUAUAUCACUAAAAGUAUUUGGAUAGCAUAUAUGUUUUGAAUACAUUUUUUUCUCAUAGUUUAGUAUAGUGAAUUUGUACUGUGAAGUUUUUGUUUUUCUUAUUUUUUGGAUAAUCUCAGGAUUUGUAUGGGGAAAAAACCCUUAAUUUAUGAGGGAGAUUUACAUACAAAACUCAGUCCCUUUCACACACACACAUAACACACACAUUCCUUCUUUUAAAAACUAAUUUCUUGAUACUUUUUUCCCCCAUUAAAUUUUGCUUAAGGAACACUUAGGCCUAAAGCACAGAACAUAAUUGUGAUGUUAAAACAGAAAAUAAGAUAAUAAGACUUCAUUUAGUGAUUAUCAUCAGUAUUAAUUUAAGGGUUACAUUUAACUUUGAAAUUUUGUUAUUUACGGAUGUAAUUCCAUUACCCACCCAAGCAAAUCUUUGGUGGUUCAAAUCCAACUUCUCUAAAACAAACUUAAUCUUUUAUUUGAAAAGCCUCAGAGCGGGAGUCAGAAACAUUUUCUGCAAAAUAUUUUCAAAUAUGCAGGCCAUGUGGCCUCUGUGGCACCUGUUCAGUUCUGCUGUUUCAGUGUGAAAACAGCCACAGACGAGACUUAUGGGAUUGACAUGGCUGGAAUGGGCUUCUAGUUUGACCCCUACAUGAGACAGUAAUUUUCUUACUUCAGGUGCUGACAUUUUAUCUAUGACAUAUUUGUCAUUGAAGUUAUAAGUUGUGCAUCACAAUUGAAACUGUGUUGAUUGCAUUACAAAAUGAUCAGUAUUUCAACAGGGAAGAUAUUUUAAUGUCUAGAUAAUUGUGUUUAUAUAUUGAAAAAAAUAGUGGCCAAUUUUCAGGUUCAUUCGUAAAAUAGGAUAUGGCUCAGCUAGUGUAACAAUAAUCCUAAAAUUGCAAUUAGAGCAUUUCUUAUUCAUUGCUUUAUAGUGAAAUUUACAAUUUAACUUUUUUGUCAUAAAGGAGGAUCUAUAAAUCUGAGUGGAAAUUCUCAAUAAGUAUGCAUUAAUUUAUUUCAUGUGAUUAAUAUGUCACAAAAAAUCAUGGUAGUAAAUCACAUUGCUAUUUUAAUGCCCUGUUUUUAUAAAUUUUUUAAAGUCUCAUAUUCUGAAAGUUCCUUUCACUUAAUUAAUGUUAGUUUGGAUAUUAGGUUGCCACAAUUAAACUAUUAUUUUAUCCCUUGUGUAAUAUUUAUUUUUUAACUUUGUUAACAUGUCUCUUGUUCAUCUAUAAUGAAUUUGUCUUAUGGAAGAUGUAACUUCUUACUAUAUAAGAAAUAAUUUUAUCUUUGGGCAUUCACUGUGUAAGAGAAUCAAGUCAGCCAAGCUAAAUUGUCCUAUUAUUAUAUCCUUAAAACUAAUCUGAAAAAAUAAGAAACUUAAUCAUUGUAUUUACCUUACAAGGCGGAAAGAAUUAGUCACACCCUUUGUUUAUAUUCAUGUAAAGAUGAUGUUGUGAAGAAUUAUUUUAUAAAUCUUCAAGGAGGUAGGAAUAAUGGUGUUUGUUUUCUUGACUUUUCCUUCUGAAUACUUACGACUUAUGAAGUGGUCAAUGUGAUGGUUUUAAAAGCCUAAUUGUUGGUAAAUGAUUGAGGCACAGUUAAAAAUAUGAAUAUCUACUGUUUACCACCAUGUUAUUUGAAAUAGAAGUGACCAUGUAUACUCUCUUGCUUGAAGGAGUUUUUGACAAAAAAGCAAUAUCUGUCAUUUGUAAAUUUUCUUGUUCUAAAGAAAGCAGUUAUGUUCUAUAGAUAUAAAUUAUGUAAAUAAAAGUUAUUUUAUACUA